CUACGGCCCACACCAGGGCCGAUAUCCAGCUGCUCUCUGGGCUGCUGGCUGAGUGCCGUGAACUUGCCAGCAGUGGCCUCCACUUCCUAGAACAGCCCCCCCCCCCGUCCCUGGAGGUGGGAGAGGGUACCGAGGAGGAGGUAGUCCCUGAGACCCCCCCUGAGGUGGCUAGUGCCAGCAAGGCCCCUCAGGCCUCCCUCACCUAUGCUGAGGCUGCAAAGGGUGAGGGGGUUGAGGCUAGGGUCUUUAUGGGGCUACCUUCUGACAGGCUCCGGGGUAUGCUUGUGUCCCUGAAGGCCCAGCAUGCUGAGGCAGACUCGGGCCUAGCUGGGGUCCAGGCAGAGCUAAGGGAGCAGAGGGAAAAAUCAAACAGGACCUCUAAUUACAAAAGAGGUCCUUUGAGGGCCGCUAUAGCUGAGAAAAAAUUAGUGGAGCAGCAUCUAUCCUACACCCUGCUCCAGACUGAAAAGAAAAUAGCAGACAUCCAGGCCAUCCUGCAACAGAGAGCCAAGGACGCUGCGAGGUCCAGGAGGCAGAGGGCUAUGGAGGGCAGGAGGGACAUGUCCCCAGGUGAGGAGUCCAGCAAGGACUUGGAUUCCAACUCCCAUCACUCACCUGGGGAGCCGUCUACCUCUGCCCUUGCUACUCCAGGGGGCGCUGCUGAGACGGAGGGGAAGGCCAGAGAGAAGGACAGUGAAGAGGAGUGGGAUGGAGAGAAAGGUGAAGAGUGGCAGCUGAAAGUACAGGACAGAGGUCGAGGGCUGAUUAAGGAGUCUCUCCUCAGGUUUGGAAACGAACUUGGGGAGGACUCUGUAAAGGACAAAAAGAAGAAAAAGAAGAAAAAGAAAAACAUUGCCCGGCGUCAGCCUGAGACCUCUGUCAGGGGGUCUGGAGAUUCCACAGAGGAGGGUGAGUGCUCAAAUGCUGAGUAUAUGUACAAUGAUGAUGUUCAGGCCUUGCAGAAGCCUGGGGCCAGGGAUACUAACCCUGCAGGUGGCAACACCUGUAUGCCCCAGAAACCUGCACAACCUGCCUCUGUGGAAGUAUCUGGGCCCCCCGCCGCCCUGCAGGGGACUCCCAUCAUCCUCAGCCAGCAGUCCAUACUGAGGAAACCGCCAGUGGAGGUAAGAAAAGUAUGA